AUGGCUGGUGUUAAAAACUCGGUCAAGGGUUUCUUCAAGAAUACUGCCAAGCCGAUCUUGACCAAGAUCACGAAGGCUGGAGACGAGAAGGACCUGAUCGAGGUUAAGGACCUGGCCAGCAACAUUCCAUCCUCGCGAGUGAUGCCCAGCAUCCCCGACACUGCUGAGUCAAAGACUCGGCAACAUGCUGGUCUCCGACCGAAGGUCAAGGCCACCAUCGCCAAGGCCAAGGCCGGCUUGCAUGUCAAGAACAAACUCCGCAAGAAGCGACUUCAAGACCAGACGACCAAGGCCUGGAAAGCCAAAAACGUUGCGGACACCGCCGCCGAUAGUGCCCUACGGGUCAGCAUCAAGAACCCCAAGCGAGAGGGUCGAAUCAUGACAAUCCUCCCGGAACUGUCCCUCGACCAUAAUGACGCCUGGGACAACAUCUUCACCAGCAGUCUCGAGGAAGCACGCAACUCUCCGGGCGUUGAGGACGAAGACUUUGUCAUUGAGCACUUUGGCGAGCCCGGUAUCCCGUCCAUCCAGCAGCGGCUGUCGUCGCGGAGCCUCGACGACUUCCACCCGGAGCGACUGUCCACGAUACCCGAAGCCCUGAGUGACAGCUCUCCCUACUCCCUCCGCACCGUCAUCCACCACCCCCUCCCUGCCGCCGUCCCCCAGCCGGACGAUUACUCCGAGUCGGACUACUCUACCUCGGACUACGAGGCAGAGCUUACCACUACCAUUGUCAGCGGGAACCGUACAAAGUUUCCCGAUAUCUACUCGGGCGCCAACAUGGGUCCUCCCGACCCGGUCGACGUGGAGCAGAUCCGGGACAUCACCGCCAUGGCGGGUCACCCGGCUCUUCGUCGUCGCCCGGCCUCUGGUGGUGACCCGAAUCUUGCUCUGAGCCCGAUAUACACGGUCUACGCCCGCAACGACGAAGUGCCUGUUCCUCGCGGGGAGGUGCUCUCGAUGAGCAAAGUGACCGUUGUCUACGAGGUGAUCGAGAAGGUCCCUGUCCCCGCCGAGCCAGCCCUUUCUUUCAGCUCGGUCAUCACCGUCUUCGAGUCCAACGACGAGACCCUGCUUGCCCUGGGGCAGAAGAAGGCUCCGACCAGCCAGCACCAGGCGCUCGCACUGAGCAAGCUUGUCCCUGACGCGCUCAGGACGCCCCCCGCGAAGGGAAACGCGCCCAAUAGCUCCAUCCGAUCUUCGGGUACGGUGACUACCAAGACCGCCCAGUCCCCAGAGACCCCGCCUUCCCUCUCCGAGUCGCAGCAGACCGACGACUCGCCCCCCUCCGUCGACACUCAGUCGGCGAUAUCCCCCAUGCCGAUGCCGAAGUGCAGAUCCGCACAGGCGCCGCCACGCAGCAGCUCUGAGACACAGUUUCUCGAGCUGACUCCUACCUCCUCUCCCCGGGGCCCUGGAGUGGUGCCCUCCUCGUCGCCGUCGCCAUCGUCGCGGUCGGGUUCCCGAGGCGCCGUGGGGCCAUCAGACAUCGAUUUCUCAAAAGUUGCCGAGAUCAAGUUUUUCGAACAUUCCCCGACGCAGGACGGUGACGAGGGCGAGGAAGGCCCGGGACCGUCUGCCGAUCUGGGCGGUCAGCGCCGCGGCCCGGUCAAGAGGUGCCGGAGCCUGCUGCCCAGACCCGUUCCUCGCAAGUAA